AUGACCAUAUUUUAUAACAGUAGCCUCCAAAAAGCCACUUUCUUUCUGACGGGAUUUCAAGGUCUAGAAAACCUCCACGGCUGGAUCUCCAUCCCCUUCUGCUCCAUCUACUUAACAGUUAUUGUAGGAAAUGUCACCAUCCUCCAUGUCAUCCGUACUGACGCCACCCUCCAUGAACCCAUGUACUACUUCUUGGCCAUGCUGGCCCUCACAGACUUGGGCCUUUGUCUUUCUACAUUGCCCACUGUACUGGGCAUCUUCUGGUUUGAUGCUAGAGAGAUAGGCAUUCCAGCCUGCUUCACUCAACUCUUCUUCAUCCAUACUUUGUCCCUAGUAGAGUCAUCAGUUCUAUUGUCUAUGUCCAUCGACCGCUACGUGGCCAUCUGCAACCCACUGCGCUACUCCACAGUCUUGACACCUGCACGUAUUGUCAAGAUGGGGUUGGUCUCAGUGCUGAGAAGUGCCCUGCUCAUCCUCCCCCUGCCAUUCCUCCUUAAACGCUUCCAGUACUGCCGCUCCCAUGUGCUGGCCCAUGCUUACUGUCUGCACCUUGAGAUCAUGAAACUGGCCUGUUCUAGCAUCAUUGUCAACCACAUCUAUGGACUCUUUGUUGUGGCCUGCACUGUGGGUGUGGACUCCCUGCUCAUCUUCCUUUCUUAUGCCCUUAUCCUCGGCACCGUUCUCAGCAUAGCUUCCCGCCAGGAGCGACUCCGAGCCCUCAACACCUGUGUCUCCCACAUCUGUGCUGUGCUCCUCUUCUACAUUCCCAUGAUUGGCCUGUCUCUUGUGCACCGCUUUGGUGAACAUCUUCCCCGUAUUGUACAUCUCCUUAUGUCUUAUGUGUACCUGCUAGUGCCACCCCUCAUGAAUCCUAUAGUCUAUAGCAUUAAGACCAAGCAAAUUCGCCAACGAAUCGUUAAGAAAUUUGAGUUUCUAAAAUCAUUCAAGUAA